UUAAUUUCGAAGUUGAGUUUUCUUUAAGUGAAAAAAAUAUUCCCUAAUAUAUGAUAUGGUAGUGAAAUGAUAGUAGGUUAAAUUUACUGAAAAAGCAGUGAAAUUUCAAAUCCAAAAGUGAUCCCUCACCUCAGCAUCACCGAUUCAAGGAGCGAUCGGUAAGGCUGGCUGGGGGUUUCAGCAGCUGGAAAUUGGAAAACAACGUGCUCACAAUUAUUAUUAAAUCCUUUUCUUUUAUUUUAUGUUAUAGUUAGUGUCUAUUCCUCUGGAACCCAAUUGUCUCUUCUUCGCAUUAUCAACAGAAAAAUUAAAUAAAUAAAGAAAUCGUUGAAGAUCGUUCCUUUUUUUUGUUUGUUUGGAAGCGCUUUUGCAUUUGGUCCGAUACCAAAAAGGGUUGUCUUUGGCUUUGGGAAUUGGGGAAUCUUAAGGAUCUUGCUUCAUGUUAGUGUCUUUGAUUGUUCAUCUUAUCAAUUAGCUUGGGUUUCUUUCUUGGGGGGGGGGAUUUCUGUGGCAGGUAGCCUCUGCUGGAUUGAAAUAAUUUUCAGAUAACUAUGUGCGUUUCCAAACUUACUGCAGGAUUGGCUUCACCAGGGGGGAUUCUAUUUGACUAAUAACAUUCAUUAUUGUUGAUAGAUUUCUGGAAAAAAAAUUAGAGCAAUGCUGUUUAGAGUCAAGCAUCUGUUUCUCUCUUUGUUCUUCAUCUUUGUGUUACUUGAAUGCGCUACAGCAGAUGGUCAAAGCGAAAUUUCGAAAGGGAUAAGAUCUCCCCCCAAUAAUGUAGGCAACAAUGUUAUAGAUGGCACUGGUAUGGAGAAAGUCAUAAGUUUUAAGGAUGACAACAACUUAAUGAGUAACUGGAAGGGCAGUUACAGCAGAGUGUCUCUGUCCACAGUUGCCCUUUUGACAUUAGCAAUGGCUGCAGCAACUGGUUUAGGUGCAGUUCCAUUUUUCUUUGUGGAACUCGAUCCUCAGUGGGCUGGGAUAUGCAAUGGAAUGGCUGCUGGUGUCAUGUUGGCUGCAAGUUUUGAUCUCAUACAGGAAGGGCAAGAACAUGGUGCUGGAAGUUGGGUUGUUAUUGGGAUUUUGGCGGGUGGUGUUUUUAUUCUGCUUUGUAAGAAGUUUCUUGAACAAUAUGGGGAAGUAAGUAUGCUGGAUAUAAAAGGAGCAGAUGCAACUAAAGUCGUUCUUGUUAUUGGAAUCAUGACACUGCAUUCAUUUGGAGAGGGCUCUGGUGUUGGAGUUUCCUUUGCCGGCUCUAAAGGUUUUACUCAAGGCCUUUUGGUAACUUUGGCCAUAGCUGUACAUAACAUACCGGAGGGAUUGGCUGUGAGCACAGUUCUUGCAUCAAGGGGUGUUUCUCCACAGAAUGCAAUGCUAUGGAGCAUUAUUACAUCCUUGCCGCAGCCAAUUGUUGCAGUUCCUUCUUUUAUGUGCGCCGAUGCAUUUAAUAAAUUCCUGCCCUUUUGUACUGGUUUUGCUGCUGGAUGUAUGAUCUGGAUGGUUGUUGCUGAGGUUCUCCCUGAUGCAUUUAAGGAAGCUUCGCCAACUCCAGUGGCAUCAGCUGCUACGCUUUCAGUAGCAUUUAUGGAAGCUCUAAGCACUCUGUUCCAGAACUUUACUCAUGACUACAAUUCUGAGGAUGCUUCUGGCUUCUUUGUUUCAUUGCUUUUUGGCCUUGGACCUUUACUGGGUGGCCUUGUGCUUGUUGCAUUUGCUCUUGCUUUCCAUCUUCAGCAUGCCCUUCUCAUGGGUACUGCAUCUGGCAUUGCCUUCAUCCUUGGUGCCUGGCGACCACUGCAACUACUAUUGUCUUCCAAAAUGGGAUUCUUACCACUUAUGUUGCUACUAACUGUAGGAGCUGCAUUUGUCCAUGUUUCAAGCUCUUCUAUUUUGUUGCUUGUUUGUAACAAAAGAAGUUCUUCCAAUGACCUUCCAACAGUGACAAGAUUUCCGGUGAGUGUUCUCACUCUCCAGUCAUUUUUAGCGUGUGGAGCUGUGGCUUUUCAUGCUCUGGCUGAAGGGCUUGCACUAGGAGUGGCUGCACCAAAAGCUUAUGGACUUGGCCGGCACAUGGUCCUUCCUGUAUCCCUUCACGGGCUUCCACGUGGUGCAGCAGUGGCCAGCUGCAUCUUUGGAGCUACUGGCAGUUGGUAUGGCUCUCUUGCAGCAGCUGCUCUAAUUGGCUUCAUAGGCCCGAUAUCUGCAAUUGGAGCAAUAUUGGCAGGAAUUGACUACAGUGGUCUUGACCAUGUGAUGGUUUUGGCCUGUGGAGGAUUGAUCCCAUGCUUUGUUAGAAUAGUUCAAAGAGCAGUAAGGUUAGAUAUCCGAAAAAGCAGCUGCGGUCUUGCUGUUGGAGUCGGUUUUGCUACUCUUUGUUUAGCAUGCACCAAGUUGGUUUGCUUGCAUACACCUUAUUGCAAUUCUGCUCCGGAGGCUGUCAGAUAAGAUCAUGGUGCUUUGAGUAUGGCCUUUGCAUUAGUUUUUACGGGUCGGUUUAGCUCCACAGUCAUGAAGGGAAGGACUCAAUAGGAUUUAUAGUUCAGCAUGAGAGGAUGGGGGGUUUCAUUCUAUUGUAUGCUUUAGUUUUAAUCAUUCUAACAGACAAGGGGAUCCCAAGGCAUUGCUCGUUUGGAUUUUCAUUUGAGAGCCCUUGGCUCUAAGAUUUUAAGAAUGUUUAUAUUGAUUGACAGACAGACAGAGAAAGUGUUCAUAGAUUCUCCCACUGGUGAAUACAAAAAAGUUCCCCUUUCUUUUUGUUCUUUCUUAA